AUGUCUAUCUUCACAAACAUCCUACAAGUUAACUUUGAAUCUUGCUCCGAUACAGAUCACUAUGAUCUGUAUCGAAUGAUCAAACAGCUAGAGGAUACCGGCCUCCAGUAUUUUCUGGAUGAUAAUCAAACCAUCUAUCCUCAGUCUGUCGUGGAAUUUUUCAACAAUGCUAGGGUGUACCGGGGGACACCAUAUUUCAAUACCCACAUCCAAUCGAAAGUUGGAGGUACUCUCUUUGAUUUCACCGAGCAAGAUUUUGCUCGGUGCUUCGGUCUGCCCAAACAAGGGCUCACGGACCUCCAUCCUCCAGCCGACACUAAGGCUGAGGUCUCUCUCUCUCUCUCUCGAUCCGAUGAGCCCGUCGAUGACCAUGGCUCUAAAUAUCCCUUGAGGGCUGAAUACCAGCUCCUCAACGACAUCAUAGGGAGGAGCAUCCUCGGGAAAGAUCAAAAAUAUUAUAGAUUCCUACUCUCCAGAGGUUUUGAAAUCGAUCUUUUCAGCUCAAUGAGGCCAAUGAUAAUAUUCAUCUUAAUUGUAGUAAUUCUAGUAUUCCUUGGUUGGGUAAGCCGCUUUAUACGAAAUUCUUCCUACAAGAAGAAGAGGUUGGAAGCAAUUCUCGAGGCUAAGGACAAGAAGAACAAGUUGAUCGCUAUCUUGCAAAGACAAAUUUCCGAGGAUGACAAAAAGAAAAUCAGGUUAGACAUGCUUCAAAAGAGACAACUUUAUGAGUUGGGCAAGAAAAAUACGAGGUUGGACGAGAUCCUAGAAGAUAUUAUGUUGGAGAAACCGGUUAAAUUCACGUCGGAAGAAUUAAGUGAUUUUACUAAUAAUUACUCGACAACUCUAGGAUCAGGAGGAUUUGGGAAGGUUUACUCGGGACACCUUCCUAAUGGAAUUCAAUGUGCGGUGAAGGUGCUUAAAGGAAACUGUUACGACUUGUUUCACCCUAACAGAAACCUAGACAAGCAAACAGAAGAGCAAUUCAAGGCCGAGGUUAGCAUUAUAGGUCGAACCUACCAUGCGAACCUCGUAAGGUUAUACGGGUUUUGCUAUGAUAAGUCCACAAGCGCACUUGUGUAUGAGUAUAUGAAGAACGGAUCUUUAGAUAGACAUUUAUUUGAUGAUAGCUAUAAUCAAGCGAUUGAGUGGGAAAAAUUGUAUCAAAUAGCGGUUGGAACUGCAAAGGGGAUUGCGUAUUUACACGAAGAAUGUCCUCAGAGGAUCAUUCACUAUGACAUAAAGCCAGCAAAUAUCCUUCUUGAUGCCAACUUCUCCCCCAAGGUUGCGGAUUUCGGUCUAGCCAAGUUAUGUAGUAAAGAUCAAACCAACGUUACCAUGAUAGGAUAUAGGGGCACCCCCGGUUACUCAGCCCCCGAGUUGUUCCUCCAUAACUUUCCAAUCUCUUACAAAUGUGAUGUCUAUAGUUUUGGAAUGCUCUUGUUUGAGAUAUUAGGGAGAAGGAAAAACGCGAAGGUGAGUUCAAGUUCUAGCAGCUUGGAUUGGUUCCCAAACCGUGUAUGGGAAAAGUACGAAACCGGUCAAUUGGAAGACCUAACAACUUCAUGCAAGAUCGAAGGAGGCGCGAGAGAGUGCGCUGAGAGGGUAGCCGUGGUGGCCUUGUGGUGUGUCCAAGACUCCCCGCAAACAAGGCCUCGAAUGAGUGCGGUUGUGAGAAUGCUCGAGGGAGGAGUGGAAAUCUUGCCACCUCCAAAACCCUUCGGCUAUCUUAUCUCGUUGAGGGCGGGAGUGAUAAAUUCAUCUAUAAAUGAUUCUAAAAGCGCAUCAAGCGAAGGAAUAGAUUCAUAUUGGUACAGGAAUACCACACUCACCGCGUGUGAACAUGAGAUAAAUAUAGAGGACAGCUAA